AUGGCAUCUAGACCGUAUUUUGACGCAACCGUGUCGCCGGAUUCUCAAGUCCUCAUCUUGUAUGCGAAGAGCGGUAUGCCUUUCCUCACAAAAACCGAAAUAGAAGGAAGUAAAGAUAAGAUUUGUGCGAUUGCAACGGCAGAUUUGCAGCUGGGGAAAGCUAUCGUUAAGACCAUUAUGGCGGCUGUUGAGAGCGGAAAUCAAGAGCCACCUCCAGUGUUCACUGAGAGUACACCGUAUUCGUUGAUUAUUAAGCGUUACUUGACGAAGGAGCUCAAUGGAACACCUCACAUUGAGUUGCGACAUUUUGCACUUGCGUAUUGGAAGGAGUCUUCAGCAUGUUUGGAUAAGCAGAACGCGGAGAACUGUUGUUUUUUUUUUUAUCGCGAAGCAUUUUUGUUUAUUAGAGGUUCAAAAAUGUAUGUAUUCACGGAUUCUACAUGCAAAGAAGGAGAGAUGGUCAUCAACCUCAGUGAUUGCACGGAGAUGUUGGAACUGGACUCGAAGAAGGAUUGUCAGUGGGGAUUCGAGUUAAUAUUGCCAGAGGGCAACUUGCAGUUGCAGUGCCCAAGUAAAGAUGAGAUGAACAAGUGGAUGCAACUCGUAAAUGAAGCGCUGAAUACCUUGAAUGACGAUGAUGCUGCAGCUUGCAUGGUCAUGAUAACCGAUACCAAUAUUGUCGUCGCCCAAGAAGGCGAAAAAUGCUUCGCAGACGGUUUUAUUCGCACUUUGGUCGUAAGUAUUUGA